AGAGGCGGCUCUGUUCAGGCAUUCGCGGAGGGCAGCCCUGCCGUGGGAGGGGCCCUGAAGGCAGAAGCAAGAUGGCGGCGCCCAUGGCGGAGAAGCUGAGGGUCUUAGGAGGGGGGCCCUGCGGCCGCUGGAAGGCCUGGUUCCCCCGGCUAAUUCAAGUCAGGUGGAGUCGAUACAGUCCUAAUUUCCUUGAACCAGAGGUGAACAAAGAAGUUUAUAACAAACCACUAGAACAAUUAUCAGAAGAAGAAAAAACAAAAUGGGAUCUUAAAACAGUCCGACCUAUAAAAGCUACCCCUUCCAAUGUCAGCAGCUCUGUGUUCUAUGAACCAGUGAUCAGCAAAUUUACUAGCCUUAUGAUGAAGGGAGGAGAUAAGAUUUUGGCCCGAUCCAUUAUGAAUCAGACUUUGGAAGCUAUUAAGAGGAAGCAGCUUAUGAAAUACCAUAAAGCUGAUGAGAAGGAGAAAGAAAACAUUGAAUGCAACCCUUACACUAUCUUCCAUCAGGCAUUAAAAAACUGUGAACCUGUCAUUGGGCUUGUGGGUGUCCAGAAAGGAGGCAAAACCUAUCAGGUCCCAACCCCUCUGAAGGACAGCCGGCGGCGUUUCUUAGCAAUGAAGUGGAUGAUAACAGAAUGCAGGGUCAACAAGCACAGGCGCACACUUAUGCCUGAAAAGCUUUCCCAAGAGCUGCUGGAAGCCUUCCACAACCAAGGUCCUGUAGUAAAGAAAAAGCAAGAGCUUCACAAAAUGGCUGAGGCUAACCGGGCCUUUGCUCACUUUCGGUGGUGGUAGAGUGUGUACUGUUUUGUCCGAUGCAACCUAUGAGGACAGAGACUUUGUUACAAGACAAGGAUUCUUUUUAAAAUUCUGUAUGGCUUUCUUUGCAAAGCACCAGCCUGGCAGGGCCAUGGACAGCUUUGCAGCUGCCUCUUCUCAAAUAGCAUGACAAAGAAGAUAUUAGCAAAAAUAUUUUUUCCUCUUUUUCAGGCUCCAGUGAGAUAAAAUUCUGAUUACUGUAUGGCUGAGAUUAUUUAAUUAGUACCGGCUUCUGUAUGCAUGGUUUCUCCUUUGUUCCAUUCUAACCUCUUUCCACUCAGAGGGUUUAUCUUCAAUACAGAGUUAUGGGCUAUCUUGUGGAGGAUUGAAAAAAUAAACGGUAUUUUGUAUUGUUAAGCAGAAUCCUCGGGCAACAUCCUGGACUGGAGAAUUGUAAUGCAGGUGGAAAUUGCUUGUGGGUGUUCUCUGUGUAUCUGUUAGGGACAGUGUCUCUAUUUAAAAUGCUUUUGAAUCAGGAGUUUAGUGAAAGUAGCUUAUUGGUAGGAAACAUAUUGAAUGAAAAUUAGCCUCUUAAAGGGAGGUUAGCUUCCCUUCUUUGAUAUGGUCCGCACAUGCUUUUUAUCACUUGUUUUCUCUGCAGUCAUGCUCAGGCAGCUGAAUAUUUGAGCUGACUACAUAGAGUAUUUGAAAACAAAGUUUGGUCUAGCAUUUUAUCUGUAAUGGUCCAUUCAACUCUGUAAGACAUCACUUGAUGAUGCAGAUAUCAGGUGAUGUGGAUGCUUGAGUAAACCACUCUUUACCCCAA